AUGGCCACUGAGCAAGGCAGAGAGAUGAAAGGAAAGAAUUCACUAGGGACAGAACAGAUCAAGGCUGCACUUACUGGUUGGCUAGAAAUAGUAAUUGACUCACUGGAAAGUGGCUACAGGCAUAAGGGAUGCCUUGAAACUAAGGAACAGAACAAGGUUGUAGAAGUCAGCAGCAGAAAGACAUUAGAAGCGCUCAAGCUCCACAGCCUAAUACAAUAUACCCUUGAAAUCUCAUCACAUCCUGGUGGUUUGCUUUUUACAAAAUUUGGUAGCAAUCAGACUGCCCUUCUUGACUUGGCUUUCCCUGAUAGUUUUGGAAGGUUGCAUGACAGAGGGAAGGAAGUUCCAAAACCAAAUAGAACUUUGACUAAACUGUUCCCAAAUAAAAUUACAAUUCACAUGCCUCAGGAUGAGGCUCUUUUAGCAUCUUGGAAGCAGCAACUGGAUCGGGAUGUUGAGACUCUCAAAAUCAAAGGAAAUUUACAUCAUUUGCGUGCAGUUUUGGGACGAUGUGGAAUGGAAUGUGAAGGACUCGAGACCUUAUGCAUUAGGGAUCAGACACUUUCAAAUGAAAAUGCAGAGAAGAUAAUCGGUUGGGCUUUAAGUCACCAUCUCAUGCAGAAUUCAGAAGCUAAGCCUGAUUCAAAGCUUGUAUUGUCGAGUGAGAGCAUUCAGUAUGGAAUUGGGAUCUUGCAGUCUAUCCAGAAUGAGUCCAAGAGCCUGAAGAAAUCUCUUAAGGAUGUUGUAACAGAAAAUGAAUUUGAAAAGAGGCUUUUGGCUGACGUUAUUCCACCUAGUGACAUUGAUGUUACCUUUGAUGAUAUUGGAGCUCUUGAAAAGGUCAAGGAUACAUUGAAGGAGUUGGUGAUGCUUCCUUUACAGAGGCCCGAGCUUUUCUGCAAGGGACAAUUAACCAAGCCAUGCAAAGGUAUCCUAUUAUUUGGCCCCCCUGGAACAGGUAAAACAAUGCUCGCAAAGGCAAUUGCUACUGAAGCUGGUGCAAACUUCAUUAACAUUUCUAUGUCAAGUAUUACAUCUAAGUGGUUUGGAGAGGGUGAGAAAUACGUGAAAGCUGUUUUCUCUCUGGCGAGUAAAAUUUCUCCAAGUGUUAUAUUUGUUGACGAAGUUGACAGCAUGUUGGGUCGGAGGGAAAAUCCAGGGGAGCAUGAGGCCAUGCGAAAGAUGAAAAAUGAAUUCAUGGUGAAUUGGGAUGGCCUACGAACGAAGGAAACAGAGCGAGUUCUUGUGCUGGCAGCCACUAACAGGCCUUUUGACCUAGAUGAGGCUGUUAUAAGGAGGAUGCCAAGAAGAUUGAUGGUAAAUUUGCCAGACGCUCCUAACAGAGCAAAAAUAUUGAAAGUUAUACUGGCCAAAGAGGAAUUGUCUCUUGAUGUUGAUUUGGAUGCAGUUGCUACUAUGACUGAUGGAUAUUCCGGAAGUGAUCUCAAGAAUUUAUGUGUUACUGCAGCACAUCGGCCUAUUAAGGAGAUAUUAGAGAGGGAAAAAAAGGAACGUGUUGCUGCUCUAGCAGUAGGUCAACCAGCUCCAGCAUUAUGUAGCAGUGGGGACAUCAGAUCAUUAAACAUGGACGACUUCAAAUAUGCUCAUCAGCAGGUUUGUGCAAGUGUUUCUUCUGAAUCAGUAAAUAUGACUGAGCUUUUACAGUGGAAUGAACUAUAUGGAGAAGGGGGUUCAAGAGUUAAGAAAGCACUCAGCUAUUUCAUGUGA